AUGAUUGAAGAUUCAAAAAAUAAUAUAAAUUAUAAUAUUCCAAAUGAAAUCAUGAAUACUAUUCCUUCUACUAAUGGUGGUGUUACUCACGACUCCGUAAGUAGCGGGGCAAACAUUGGGCUCGACAAAAUGAGCGAUGAUGCAAGGAAUGGUAGUGAAAACAUAGAAAAUAAUGACAAUAAUGAAAAUCGUGAAAAUGAUAGUGGUAAUAAUGAUGCGCAAACUGCGGAGGUGAUGGGGGAGCAAAAGGAAGUUGCACCACCACCAUCGCAAGUUGUGUCGAUAAAAAAAAAAGUAGGGCGACCUAAAGGUGCAACAUCAGCAAAUAAAGUAGUAAAAAAAGAAGAAAAGGUUUCAACAUCAUCAUCUGGGUAUCCUGGUGUUAGUUGGAAUAAACGUAUGUGUGCAUGGUUGGCUUUUUUUUAUGAUGGAGCAUCAAGAAGAAGUCGAACAUUUCAUCCUAAGCAUUUUAAUAUGAAUAAGGAUCAAGCUAGAUUAGCAGCCGUUGAAUUUAUGAAAUCAUUAGAAAAUAAUGGACGUAAAAAAUCAACAAAAAUAAAAGGUGAAAAAAAUAAAAUAAAACAAAUGGUAAAUGAAGAUCAUAUAAAUAAUAUAAUGCAUAAUGGUAUGCCAGGUUUAGAUCAUACAAAUAAUUUAAUAUCUUUAAAUAAUAAUAUGCAUAUGAUGGCAAUGAAUCCAGCAUUUUAUAUGCACAAUUCAAAUAGAAAUUUUAAUAUGACUAAUCCAAUACAUAAUGAUCGAAACAAUUUAAAUAAUUUAUAUAAUAAUACUCCUCGUCACCAUUCAUUAAAUAAUAGUAAUAUGAGUCAUAUAAAUAAUUUAUCUAAAGUUAUAAGAGAUUCAAAUGGAAUGUAUAUACAUAAUAAUCAUAGUAAUAAUAAUAAUCCUAAUUCAAUUUAUAAUAAUAAUAUACAUAUGUCAAACAAUCCUAACAAUAAUAGUCAUACUCCUAGUAAUGAUCAUAAUAAUAUAAAUUAUUUAAAUGAAUUAAUUUUUCAUUCGAAUAUGUUACAAGGAGGUGGUGGUGGGCCAUCUGGCUCUCAUCCAGUAAUGGGAUCUGGUGGUAUUGGGUUAGGAAGUGAUUUAAAUUUUUUUGAUAGAAACAUGAAUAAUGGUAAUAUUAAUGAUGUACUAAGUUUAGAAGGAAAUUUAGGAUUACAAAAUAAGGAUAUAAAAAGAUUGAUGAAUACAUUAUUUCGAAAAAAUUAUAAUAAUAUGAAUAUGCCAAAUAUGGAUGAUCAUUUUUUUCACAGUAAUAAUAAUAGUAAUGGACCUAGUACUAUGCAUGAUAGUAAUAAUGCCAUUUCCAUAAUUAAUAAUAACGGUGCUGGUGCAUUACAUGGUGUCGGCACAUCAAAUAGUCUUCAUAAUAAUCACAGAAAACGAGGAGGAAAUAAUAAUGAUAAUAAUCCAAGUAAUAAUAAUGCAUCUUCUCAAAAUGCUCAUAUGUAUUUAUCUAAUAAUAAUGGAGAUAUAUAUGAUGCUAAUAAUCUGAAUAAUUCAAGUAAUAUCCAUAAUUUUUAUGAUUAUAAUUAUGAUAUAUAUAGAGGAGAAACAGGAAAUGGAAAUAAUAAUAUAUCACCUCAUAUAAUUGAAAUGAUGCAUAGAAUGAAUAAUGAUUUAAAAGAAGGUAAAAAUAUGGAUCAUACUAUUAAUGACGAUUUUCAUGAUAUAAAUUAUCUUAUGCAAGAAAAUGAAGGAUGGUUAAAUCAACUUAGACAUAAUAAUAUUAUAAAUAAUAGUUCCCGUGAUUUAUAUGAUUCUAAUAUUUCCCCUGAACAUGUAAAUAAUAAUAUUAAAAAACAAAUAGAAUUAAAUAAAGGUAAAAAAGGAGGAAAAGAAUCGACAUUUAGAUCUAUAUUAAAUAUUGGAAAUCGAACAACUGACGUGGUUGACUCAGUAGAUGAAACUGCAAAUAAUAGUAACAUGAACGAUAAUGAAAAGUCAUCAAGGUUUGAUAUGAAUGCCAUUUCAUGUAAUUGUUCGCCUCAUAUACGUAAUCAAAAAAACCAUUAUUGUAUGUACUACAAACAUAAUUUAUCUCAAUAUAUUAAUGACAAUAAUGCAAAUUAUAAUUACAUGGGUUGGGGGUCAAAUAAUAAUAAUGUAGUAAAUACAAUAGAUAAAGGGGAAGUUGAAUCAAAUGGUGAUAUAAGUAAUAGUGGUGUUAGUAAUAAUAGUGGAGGUAGAGUUGGAAUUGUAACUGAUCCGAAUAAUAAUAAUACUAACGUAUUUCAUCAUAAUAAUAGUGCAAAACAUUUAUCUCAAAAUUUUGAAAUAAAUCAAAAAGAAAAUAUAAGAAAACCACAAUAUGAUAAUAAUAAUAAUAAUAACUAUUCAAAUAUUCCAACAAUGCCAAAAUAUUUACACUAUCAACAAGGUAUGAAUAAUCACGAUCAAAGUAAUGGUAAUAAUAAUUUUAUUCCAAAACCAAUAAAUAGUAAUUUUAAUAAUAAAUCUAAUCAAAAAGAAAAUCGAAAUAGUUUAAUAUCAUCAGCACCACAUGGAAUGAACAAUAUAUCCCCACAAUUUUAA